AACCUCAUCCCUCUUCUCUGUAUCCGGCCCUUGAGGCUCUUCCUGUCUGCAGAGCAUAUUCGCCGAGUCCGCAUCGUGUUGCUCCGAGCAACCCACCUACCGUUUGUUGCACUGAUCUGGGCCUAUGAAUCUAGCCGCCGCUAUGUUUCGCGGCGAAAUAGUCAGUUUCCACCAACGGCCACGACAGGAGGGAGCAGUCGCCCGACCUCGUCUUUCCAAGCGGGCUUCCCUCCCUCCACGCACCAUGCCCCGCUGCAGAGCUCCGCAAGUGAGGGGCAGUUCUCUAGACCUACAAGAACCAAGGAGCGCUCUCACUCGGAGAUACGCGGAUCAUUUCCAGGGCAGGCUGGACCUGUUGACAUUCCGGAUAUGGUCGAUGAAAUAGAGAGAUUGCGAGUUCAAGUGGAACGAGUGGCUACAACCGUGGCCUUUCUCCAUCGA